GCUCUAGUUUCCAUUCCUAGCUUUUGACACUUUCACUUCUCCAACCGGAAGAAGGAAUAUUAGAAAAUAGGGAAGUCCCUGCCAUCAGUGCAUUACUGUACUCUUCAGCCAUCCUUACGGUCCUCUUGCCUGAAUCAUCUUUAGUGGUUAUGUAAAAUAGAGCGUGUCUGCCACCUUUUUGGAGUCACAGAAAAUGAGCAUGGAGCUAAGGAAGAGAGGGAGACUGGACUUGAAAAUUAGCCAUCAGCCCUUCUUUCAUUAGCCACUUCUCAAAUUCAGUCCCGAGUUUUCCUCUCUCUAAUCAUUUGGAGGGCAGCACUAUGUUCAACGUGGCUGCUAGGGAUUAAGAUGUUAUAAUAUCUACACUAUGUUUUCAGGAAAGUAAAAAGAACCAGGUAAACCUAUCAGCCCUUGGUGAACACAGGGACUCAGUCUGAGAGGGCACUGUCAACACUGGUUUGGUUUUCUCCCAUUUCCUAUUCGUUGAGUAAGAGAAAUUUGGAGAAUUUUGUGACAUCCUUCAUUCAUAGAGUCACCAGGAGUCAAAGCCAACUCAGUGGCACAUUUCUUGUUUGCAGAGUCAACACUGGUUGAAUCGGGGAAAUCCUGUAAAUCCUUUAAGGGCCAGGACUUUUUUUGCCCUAUUUACUGAUGAAUCCCCAGCUUCUUGGAGAGUACCUGAUACAUAAAACUAUAAAAAUGUGCCUGAUGCUCUCUCUAACGGUGAGAGCGCGAGAUACAGAGCAUUAGUGAGGACCAGAAGAACUUGCUGGCAGUGAAGGACAUUUUGAAGGUUUUGUGGUCUGGAAGAAGCGUCUCUGGAAUCCCACUCCUAGAUCUUUCUUGAAGAUUCGAAAAUAAUUAAAUUAGGGCCAUGGGGACACAGAAGGUGACCGCACCGCUGGUCUUUGCCAUCACCAUUGCUACCAUAGGCUCUUUUCAGUAUGGCUAUAACACUGGAGUCAUCAAUGCCCCUGAAACGAUCAUAAAGGACUUUAUCAAUUACACUCUGGAAGAAAACUUAGAAAACCCUCCCAGUGAGGUGCUACUCACGUCCCUCUGGUCCUUGUCUGUGGCCAUCUUCUCUGUUGGUGGUAUGAUUGGAUCCUUUUCCGUUGGACUCUUUGUCAACCGCUUUGGCAGGCGCAAUUCAAUGCUUAUCGUCAAUCUGUUGGCUAUCACUGGUGGUUGCCUUAUGGGAUUCGCCAAAAUAGCAGAGUCAGUUGAAAUGCUGAUCCUGGGCCGGUUAGUUAUUGGCCUCUUCUGCGGACUCUGCACAGGUUUUGUGCCCAUGUACAUUGGAGAGGUAUCUCCUACUGCCCUGCGGGGGGCCUUUGGCACGCUCAACCAGCUGGGCAUCGUCAUCGGGAUUCUGGUGGCCCAGAUAUUUGGCCUGAAAUUCAUCUUAGGGAGCGAAGAUCUUUGGCCUGUGCUGUUGGGUUUCACCAUCCUUCCAGCUAUCCUGCAAAGUAUAGCCCUUCCAUUUUGCCCUGAAAGUCCUAGAUUCAUGCUCAUUAACAGGAAGGAAGAGGAGAGUGCUAAGAAGAUCCUCCAGCAAUUGUGGGGCACCCAGGAUGUGGCUCAAGACAUCCAGGAGAUGAAAGAGGAGAGUGUUAGGAUGGCACAGGAAAAGCAAGUCACUGUGCUGGAACUUUUUAGAGUACGCAGUUACCAACAGCCCAUCAUGAUUUCCAUCAUGCUCCAGCUCUCUCAGCAGCUCUCUGGAAUCAACGCUGUGUUCUAUUACUCUACAGGAAUCUUCAAAGAAGCAGGUGUUCAGGAGCCCAUCUAUGCCACCAUUGGUGCGGGUGUGGUUAAUACCAUCUUCACUGUAGUUUCUCUGUUUCUGGUGGAAAGGGCAGGAAGGAGGACUCUACAUCUGAUUGGCCUGGGAGGGAUGGCUUGUUGUUCCAUCCUCAUGACUAUUGCUUUGUUAUUAAAGGAUCAGUUUAAUGGGAUGAGCUUUGUCUGUAUUGGGGCUAUCUUGGUCUACGUGGCCUUCUUUGAAAUUGGCCCAGGCCCCAUUCCCUGGUUUAUUGUGGCCGAACUCUUCAGCCAGGGACCCCGCCCGGCUGCAAUGGCUGUGGCUGGUUGUUCCAACUGGACCUCCAACUUUUUGGUCGGGCUCCUCUUCCCCUCAGCUGCGUUCUACUUAGGACCCUACGUUUUUAUUGUCUUCGCCGCCUUCCUUGUGAUCUUCUUGGUCUUCACCUUCUUCAAAGUCCCUGAGACUCGUGGCAGGACUUUUGAGGAAAUCACACGAGCCUUUGAAGGGCAGGCACAGGCAGCUAAUAAUAGAGCUGAGAAAGGCCCGGUUAUGGAGAUGAACAGCAUCCAGCCUGUUAAGGAGACCGACACCAAUGUUUAAGCCAUGCCUCCGUCCCACCUCCCUCCCAGCGUGAAAAAGCAACCUCUUCCCAUCGAGGGAGAGGCCUCAUCAGGUUGUAACCCAGGACUGUUUCUGAAUGCUGCUACUUGAUUCUUCUCUCAUCCCCACACUCCAUGAGCACUCAGAGGAACCCAAUGCUGGGGUUAGUUGUAUCUUCAAUGGCUUUUUAAACAUUUCAUUUCCUGGACAUCCUCUUCUGUUUAGGAGAGACCAAGUGAACCUACUACCUUCUUCAUUUCAGGAAGGAUUGGCUACUUGGCGUUUGACGACUUGGCCAGCUCUUCCUCCCUUAAGUUCUAAUAUGGUUUCAUGAGGGCAAAUAGGGGAGUGAGAAUAAGGGAGCAGUUCCCCAACCUCAGACUCACCAGGAAACAGACAUGCGUAAGAGUGUGGAAGGCAGAGAAGGAUUAUAUAAGAGCACCUUCCUCACUUUUAUACAGCUCUGCAGAGCAAAUUAACUUGAGUUUUAUUUAUUUUAUCUUCUGGUUAUAUUGCAUAAAUAUUUAUUUUUUUAAGUAAAGUAAUUUUACCAAAUAAUGAAAACAGAAGGAAAUUGAGGUUAGAGGGAGGUGCUUAAAGAGUUUAUAGUGUGGAAGAUUUGAUACUGGAGAGGUUAUGGUUUAAUAAGAAGAGAAGAAUUUAGACAGAAAUGUGUUAUUGGCGGGUGUAUGAUGUGGUGUGUGAGGUUUGUAUGUUGCCUCUUAAUAAUUUGUCCUUCGGACGGAAACUCUCAAGUUCAAUUUCUCAGAAAAGUCAUGUGCCUGUAUAAAGAAGCUAUUGGUUUCCUUUGGAACUUUUUUCUUUGUUUAAGAUUAUAUGUAGUAUUACUUGAAAUCUAGGAUUAUUACUAAGAUGGGCAUUGUAGUUAGUGGUGGUUGAUGGGUUCUAAUUUUGGAUAGAGUCCAGGAAAGGGAAGAUUAUUUGUAGAAAUCAAUCCUCUUUUUCCCUCACUGGACCAAACAACUAAUUCCUCUUAUAGUGGACUCAAUUUUUUUUUUUUUUUUUUUUUAAGUGCUCCUACCAUCCAUCUGGUGGGAGAGACCUCUAAAUGAGCAACCUAAAAUAUUGGUUCUUGGUAAAGGUUUGGUAUUUCUCCGUUUUGUUAUUUAGGAGAUUUUUAGAUAUUGAUUUUUAUUUUGUUUUAAGCUAUAGCUAAAAGAAUUCAGAGGAGAGUGUUCAUAGCUAACUUGGAAUUUGUAACCUCAGCCCUGGGAGAGGAUUUUUCUCAAAUGAUGAUUAUCUAGUUGGAGUGUGUUUGUUGCUUUAGGGUCAGCGCAUGCCUGUUUUUGUCUGUUACCAUGUUAUCAUAGUAUUAUGUCAAGUGUCCUUAAGGCACUUGAAUCUUUCCCAUAAACCACAUUUGAGGUAGUAUGAGUAAAUGUGCAGUGUACCCCACACUUGAGAGAAUGUAUGAAUGAAUGUAUGUGCACUGUCACUUUGCUCUGAGUGGAAGUAGUUUAUUGGUAACUUAUUUCCUCUAUGUCCCUACAGUCCCUUUUGGGAUAGAAUGUGUUAAAGCUCAGCCCUCUGUAUAUAAGCAACACUGCCUCUGCUGGGUGGAAUUUGCAUCUGUGGCUUUGUUUCUAACCUGGAGAGGACUUCGCUUCACUCUGGACUUGGUCAAUGAGGGUAGGAAUGAGUGUGAAAUCAGGACAUGUGGCCUCCUGGGGGUGCUAGAGGUAGAGGCAUGGGGGAGAAGAAGGCAUUCUUUUAAGAGGAUAAGAAACACACUGAAGACUUGUAACUCUGGAACUUUUCAGAGAGUUAGAUGAGAUGGAAGUAUUUACACUUGCCACAGGUCACAGACACCUCCACAGUCUAGUUUCCCAGUAUUUUUAUACAUGAGAUUGUACCCCAGUGACACUUACCCUCUAUUCCCUUUGUCAUAAGUUGCUUGAUCUCCCUUUCCCUCCUUGGUGCUUAUAUAUUUCAGGCCCUUUAGCCAAACCUUUGCCUAUGACAGACAGUAUUUCGGUUCUUACCAUUCCCUCUGGUCGUUGAGCCUUUGGACAAAAACUCACAGAGCUGUGGCAUGGGGCUUUGCUGGGACAGGUGAUUUUUCUCUAACUGCACCUCUACUUUUGGCUUUUCAAAAAUUGUGGGUUGGCAGUAAUGCACUGUGGAAGUUUUCCCAUUUCUCAGUGACCAGAUUGUGAAUAUUUCCAAAUAGAUUUUCUAUUAUUGUUACUGUGGUUCUUUGUUUUGAAAUAAAAAUUCUGAAUGUACAUGUUAUAUCCCAA